CCACAUUUGCAGUUUAGACAGUAUGGCUUGUGGGAAAGAUAUACAGAUCUAUACCCAAAGGAAGACCUGGUUUAUACAGUCGGUGAGAGUGAAUAUGGGAAAGACUGGUUCUUCGCACAAGUCACCAGGAAGAAAGAUGAUGGAACUUACCAAGGAACGACAUGGCAAAUUAAGUUCAAGCUAGACGACGUGAUGGGAGGUGGGACGUACAAGUUACGAUUGGCUCUUGCAACUGCAAAUGCAGCCGAAUUACAGGUUAGAGUGAAUGAUCUGAAGCAAGACCCUCCUGUAUUCACGAGUGCUAUUAAAUGA